ACCUGAAUGUACCGAAGGCACCACGAGGAUGGGAGAGACACCCGAAUGAACAGUUAUGAGAUGUUUACAUGUCAUAGUAAAAUUGAACAUUGAAACCGGUUUUUUUCAUCUCUUCCGCAAUCAUCCACUGACGGUCUCGUUCGCCACUGGAUUCUGCAUUCUGGCUGCAGAAGUGCUGAACGAGGCAGAGUCGGUUGGAGCGUCUCACUGGACAUUCGGUUUAUUUUUUAACUAUGGCGGGUAAGGGUGACAAAGCGAAAAGGGGACCCGGUACCAUUGGAAAGGCUUAUCUUAUCGGGUAUAAUGCUGCACUUGUUGUUGGUUGGAGUUAUGUACUGUGCUUAUUAACGAGAUUCUACUUCACUGACGACUUCAAAGGUCAAAGUCUGUGGGACGUUGAAUACAACUCGCUCAUGAUAUUCCAAAAUGCUGCAGUUCUGGAGAUUUUACACGCAGCUAUUGGUUUAGUCCGUUCAAACGUCGUGAUCACGACAUUUCAAGUAUUGAGCCGAGUCAUGGUGGUGUGUGGCGUGCUGCUAGCCACACCAGCGAGCGCCGCUGCUGCUUCCGCUGGUUUGCCAAUCGCACUUUUUGCUUGGUCAGUCACCGAAAUUAUUCGAUACGGAUAUUACUUUGCGAAUCUCAUCGGCUUUGUUCCACACUUGCUCGUGUGGCUCAGGUACACGACGUUCAUUGCUCUCUACCCCAUCGGAGUCACCGGAGAGUUGUUAUGCUUUUAUGCAGCUCAAUCUUAUGCAGGGAGUCAUCCAGAUCUCUGGAGUUAUGCCUUACCAAAUACCUGGAACUUCACGUUCAGUUACCACUAUCUUCUCAUUUUUGUAAUGCUCCUCUACAUUCCACUAUUCCCACAAAUGUACCUCCACAUGUUCGCCCAGAGAAAGAAGAUCCUGGGCUCUCCCUCCCCCCAGAAGACCAAAAAAGUCCACUAAAAAGCUCGCCCCCAUCAAAACCAACGAAGGUAAAAAUAAAAGGACAUAAUUUUGGACGAAAC